CGAUUCGUAUUUCGUGAUUGCGAUUCAGCGAUUGGUCGUGAUAGUGUCGCACGCUCGGUUGUUGUGAUAAUAUUUGAAAAUAAAAAACGUGCUAUUUAGUGACCUUUAACAAAAUAUACAUUUACUUAUGAAGACAAGGAAUACAAGUGAACAUUUUUACAAUAUAUUUUUAAAUCUAAAUGAAUCUAAAGACAAAAAUGUAAUAUUUAUUCUGUUAUAUUUAUUUCUGUGUCCUCAGUGCAAGUGUAUGAAUGACAUCUGAACAAGGACGACUUGUUAAUAAUAUUUAUUAUUGGUUGUGAAUUGUGAUCACGAUGGCGGCUUCAGGAGCUGCAAAUACGAGGCUAAAUGUCUUCCCAGCAGCAUCAGCUCCAAUGGGCCUUGCUAGUCCAGAUUUUGGUAUGUCUAUGUCUGUACCACAACAUAGUCACACAUUUGAUGUAAGAAGUUCCAGCUGUGGUGAUUCUUCCUCCGAAGCUCAUUCACCUGAGCUACCGAGGGCAAAAGCGAGCGAUAGAGAAUGUCGUAUUAUAGCAGAAAAACAUCGCAGAAGUCAAUUUAAUUCUGAAAUUGGGCAAAUGAUGACCCUUCUCUCUGAUAUAGUGCACUCUCAACGUAAAGUUGAUAAGACGAGUGUUUUGCGACUUGCCGCUAAUAAGUUACGAAAUGAACAUGUCUUCGGUAAUUCAAUCAAGUGUUGUCACAUAGAAACAUGGUCAAAUGCAAUUCUGAAAUUUUUUGAUAUUAUUGGCGGUUUUAUGAUUGCUGUCACAUGUCGCGGUCGUAUCUUCAACGUUUCCCCCAAUGUUCAAGAAAAACUAGGUUAUUGCCACAUUGACUUGCUUGGCCAAGACAUUUAUAAUUAUGUUCACACUGAAGAUAAAGAAACUCUAAAAAAGCAUAUUUAUCCAGUCGAACUGCAGACUGGUUGUGAUGCUAAAACAUUUGAACAGCAUCAUAUCUUUAGUAUAAGAUUGAUGCGUGCAGGUGCAAGAGCUGAUCCUCCAAAAUAUGAGCGUUGUCGUAUUGAUGGCAUGCUUCGUAGAUCAGAUAAAGCUACAUCAAAUGGGGUAGAAGAUGAGAAAACUAUACGAAGGCAGAGAGUACGGCACCAGAGAACCUUCUCUUCAAGUGGCAAUGAUUUUGUUUUCAUUGGUAUGGUCCAUCUGAUCACUAACCCCUUACCUCCAAGAAUGCUACCGCCAACAGCUUAUACAGAAUACUGGACAAGGCAUUUAAUUGACGGUAGAAUAGUGCAAUGUGAUCAGAGUAUAUCACUGGCAGCUGGCUAUAUGACUGAAGAAGUGACUGGGGCAUCUGCUUUUGUUUUUAUGCACAAAGAAGAUGUUCGUUGGGUUAUUUGUGUAUUGCGCCAGAUGUAUGAUCAAAGCAAGGAAUUUGGUGAGUCUUAUUACAGAUUAAUGUCACGGUCUGGCCAUUUCAUUUAUAUGCGAACAAGAGGUUAUUUAGAAAUUGAUAAAGAAACAAAAAAAGUGCAGAGCUUUGUUUGUGUCAACAGUGUUAUAGGUGAAGAAUAUGGCCAUAAAAUGAUGAAAGAGAUGAAAAGAAAAUAUUCAGUAAUGGUAGAUGACGGCAGGAAUCAAACUGAUAAAGUAGCUGCAACAGAUGAUGCUCCUGUAGAAAAUCCAAAGCACUUGGAAAGAAUUGUUAUGCAUUUGGUAGAACCAGCUGUGAGUGAAAGUUACGAUGAAUUGAAAUUGGUCGCUCCAUCAAAAGAAAAUAUAAUUUCAGCAAUUAAGAAUAGUGAAAAGGUUGUGCAAGAGACUGGAGUUAGGUUUGAUACUAGAAAAAGGAAAAAUUCUGAAAGCGAGGACAACAAUGAACAAUUAAAAAGGCAUAGCUGCUUAUCAGACUGUUAAUUUUGUGUGUUCCUUCAAAAAAAUGGGCAUCUCUGUGCAAAUAUAGUUUUAUAGGUUAAAUAUUACACAUUAAAUAAUAUCUAUGUUUGAAUGAUAUGUGUUGUUUUAAAAUACCAUUUGGAGCCAAAUUGUGUCCAACUUGUCCAUCCAUAAAAAUAGUCUUUAUGUUUUUUUUUUUUGUUAUGUUGAAAGUAGGAAUCAUUAAUAAUAAAAGGUAUCAUAAAACCUUUUUUGUUAAGCUUUUGAAAUUGAAUAAUUACUAUUUAAACAAGUAAUGUAGAUUACUUUGUGCCAAACAUGAUACUAAGAAUUUUUUGUGAAUACUAAAUUAAGAAAAUUGUUGGAAAAAAAAAAGAAAAUACUUGAGGCACUAAAAUUGUGUAGAUGUAAUAUACAUAUAAAGAGGUAGUUGUUAUUGUGAGAAAAUAAUUUGUCUAAUAAAAUCCAAACACAGCUGGUGAUAAUUAAUUUCAAUUGAUUCUAUAAUUCAAUGUUUUUAUAAUUUCCUGUUCAGUUACAUGUUACAUUUAGUGAUUUAGUGAUUGAAAAGGUGAGGAACAUUGGCGAAUUUAUAAUGGCAGGGUUUGUGAAGCCAUUUCUUUUGACAAUACUUGUUUCAUAAGGAAGCAAGUUGUGACAAGCAGGGUAAAUAGUUGGUAUAGGUAGCAAUAGUAUGAGCAUGGGAUUAAAUACUUAUUUAUAUUUUGUGGAACUAAACAAAUUGGGAUUUUU